AACUGAAUAUAGCUCAACAUUAACGCUAAACUCAACUCACUCUCAAGAAAAGUAAAAUGCAACAAGUGGCUGACCGAUGGACAGUUUGGUUUCGGAGCUUUAUUGAAAAGCCUCUGAGACAGGAGGUGGCAGCAGCGCCGAAGUCGCGCUUUAUUCUGCUCCACUACAGUGUGCCGAAAACCCUGUGGGACUGGCUAAUUCUUUUUGGCACUUUCUACCUGGCUGUCACCGUGCCCUACAACGUCAGCUUCACGACCACUGAUCACACCGCUAUAGAUGCACCCUUGACUGUCAUCACAGACAUUGUAGUGGAAUUGCUCUUUAUUGCAGACAUUGUGCUGAACUUCUGCACCACCUAUGUGGACAAGUCAGGGAAGGUUGUGUAUGACCCGCGCUCCAUUUGCAUUCACUACGUCACCACCUGGUUCUUUGUGGACCUGGUUGCAGCCCUGCCCAUUGACCUGCUGUAUGCUGUGCACAUCCCAGUGAGCUCCUUCGUCCACCUGCUCAAGACUAUACGCCUGCUACAUUUCCUACGCCUGUUUCAGAAAUUGGAACGCUACUCUCAGUACAGCGCCUUGGUGCUGAUCUUACUAAUGUCAGUCUUUACUAUGCUGGCACACUGGAUGGCCUGUAUCUGGUACGUGAUUGGACGCAUGGAGAUGGCAAACAAAAAGACUUGGCACAACGGGUGGCUCUUUAAACUGAGCAAACAGCGGGAAAUGCCCUUCUUCAACAGCACGACGGGGGGCCUAUCGGGGGGCCCGUCGAUGUACAGCUCCUACAACGCUGCCCUUUAUUUUUCCCUCAGCAGCCUGACCAGUGUGGGCUUUGGCAAUAUCAGUGCCAACACCCCUGCUGAGAAGAUCUUCUGCAUCUGCACCAUGUUUGUUGGCGCGCUGAUGUACACCCUGGUGUUCGGUAACGUGAACAUCAUCAUCCAGCGUAUGUACUCACGCCGUUCUCUCUACGACACAAGCAUGAAGGACCUGAAGGAUUUCAUCCGUCUCCACCAACUGCCUGAGCAGCUCAAAAAUCGCAUGCUGGAGUACUUCCGGACCACAUGGUCUGUCAACAGUGGCAUAGAUGUCAACGAGCUCCUGCACGACUUCCCUGAUGAGCUGCAAGCCGACAUUGCCAUGCAUCGGAAUAGGGACAUCCUCCAGCUGCCGGUCUUUGCGGGGGCCAGUCGUGGCUGCCAGCGCUCACUCUCCCUCCAUAUAAAAUCCUCCUUCUGCAUCCCCGGGGAGUACCUCAUCCGUCAGGGCGACGUGCUGCAUGCCAACUACUAUGUCUGCUCCGGGUCUCUGGAGGUGCUGAACGACACCACGGUGCUGGCAACAUUAGAAGAAGGGAACCUGUUUGGGGCUGACCUGCCUGGACUAGACCAGGUGAUUAAGACCAAUGCUGAUGUGAAAGUGCUGACACACACUCACCUUCAGUAUAUCAGUCUGCGUCACCUGAAAGAGGUGCUGGGUCUCUACCCCGAGUAUGCCAGUGUUUUUGUCUCAGGCAUAGGCAACCACCUCACCUACAACCUGCGUGAGGGCAGCCAGGACCAGGGGGACCUCCUGGGUCGCCGUGGCCUUCGUGGGCAGAGCUUAUCCCCUACAGCCACCCAAGCCUCAACCUCAGCUGAGGGAGAGUCAGGGGCUCAGCAAAAGCCUUCAGGUCUCAGGGUUGUAGACGUCGAAGUGCAUGGAGACAUGUUCCAUUUGAACGCGGAGCACACCGGGCCUAGAGCCAGUACAGGGGGCAGCACCCAAGACUCCACUCAGGCUGAUGAGGUCAGACGGAGCAUCAGUCAACUCUACAACAAGAUGAGAACACUAAACCAGGGAGUAUCUGAGCUCACCCGGGGGAUACACCACCUGAUGGAUGUCCAUACCCACGGAUCUGUGCAUCACGACGAAGCCUACCUUGCCUCAUACCGGUAUGGUGUCCAAAUGCCAAUGGCUCCUGGGAGCCAUGACGGCCACAUCCACCAAAUUGUCCCACCUGCUGGCCACUGGAGCCACAGUGGAGCUGCUGAAACCCAAACAGAGACCCACUUAAGGCCUGAUGGUGAUGAAUCCUCUUGCUUUUUGUCCUGUGCCCCUACAAGCACAUCCACACACAGCCGGCUGGACUCGUCUUCCAGUUCUUACUGCUCAAUCUUAGAAAUCGAGGAGCCACAGCUCUUACUCCACCCUGUGUCUGCCUCUCCAUCCAUGUUGCCAGACCAUCCUUGUGAUCAGAUGCUCUCGAGCCCCACCUUCCACUCUGCGACCCAUCUGCCAUAGGACACACCAGUCUGGAGUGCCUCCAUGGAAACCUGUUGAUUGUGUACACAGAUAUGUGUACACAAUAUGCUUUUCUUUUUGAUACAUUUUCCUGAUAGCACAUUACAUUUAUCCGCUUUUAUUCAAAGCGAUUUAAAAUAUCUAUUUGUAAGUCGCACCCCACUGGAGCAACUACGGGGUUAAAUGUCUUGCUCAGGGACACAUUGGUGAAUGAGUCACAGUGGGAACUGAACCCUGGUCUUCCACACCAAAUUUAUGUGUCUUAUCCACUUUACCAUCGCCACCCAUCCAUAACACUUCUGAAAUUUUACUGAAGUCAUGAGUAUUAGUACUUUUCUUCAGUAAAGGAUCUGAUUUCCUCUUCCACCACUGGUCAGGUGGAGAGCCUGCAGCGGCUCUUCUGUUUGUCAUGUGUCCACAGUUUGCUUUGUUCAGUAUGAUUUUGUUGAGGUAUAAGUUGUUGGAGUAAUACAUCCAUAUAUUCUUUGAGGCAGUUAUUCAAACUUGAAGUAUUUUUAGCUGCCUUUCUUCUUAUCUAUGCCUGAAGAUUAAGAUUCACUGUCUAUUUCUUUGUUUCUAUAUGUUUUUAUUCUUAUAAAUCCCACCUAUUUCUUUUCAUGUUGUAUUUUAUGUAUGUAUUCUAACUGUUCAUCUGCAGCUUUUGAUGUCUUUGGAUAGGAUAAAGUUGUUUCCAGAAGAUAAA